AAAGAGGGGAUGGAUGAGAAACUGAAAACCCUAAUGUAAAAAGCAGAGAGGGGGAGGUGAGUUGUGUGCACAGUCUAUAUAUACAAGAGGCAAGACCCUGCCGUUCCUCAAACCCUAACACACUGUCGCCACCUCCUCGUCACCUCACUCUAUCCCUCUUUCAUAAAAAAUCUCUCAUUAUCUUCACAAACUCUAAUUUCCAUUCAAUUUAGCAGCUGAAUUUGUGGUGGAUAAUUAAGCUGCAAAACGAUGUCGGAUGAAGAAAGGGAAGAGGUGGAGCUGGAUCUAUCCUCUCCUGAAGUUGUUACCAAAUACAAGCUUGCAGCCGAGACUGUUAACAAGGCUUUACAGUUAGUGUUGUCGGAAUGCAGGCCCAAUGCAAAGAUUGUUGAUAUUUGCGAGAAAGGGGAUUCAUAUAUUAGAACGCAGACCAGUAAUAUGUACAAGAAUGUGAAGAAAAAGGUUGAAAAGGGUAUAGCAUUUCCGACUUGUUUAUCUGUUAACAACACAGUUUGUCAUUUCUCACCUCUGGCAAGUGACGAGACUGUUUUGGAAGAGGGUGAUGUUUUGAAAAUUGAUAUGGGAUGUCAUAUAGAUGGAUUCAUUGCUGUAGUUGCACACACUCAUGUACUUCAGCAAGGGAAAGUGACAGGAAGAGUUGCUGAUGUUCUUGCUGCAGCAAAUACUGCAGCUGAAGUUGCCUUGAGGCUUGUCAGGCCAGGAAAGAAGAACAAAGAUGUAACUGAAGCAAUUCAGAAGGUUGCAGCUGCUUACGACUGCAAAGUUGUUGAAGGUGUUCUUAGUCAUCAACUCAAGCAAUUUGUGAUUGAUGGGAACAAAGUUGUCCUGAGUGUUCCAAAUGCCGAUACAAGAGUUGAUGAAGCUGAGUUUGAGGAGAAUGAAGUCUAUGCUGUUGAUAUUGUUGCCAGUUCUGGUGAUGGAAAGCCAAAGAUGCUUGAUGAGAAGCAGACAACAGUAUACAAAAGAGCUGUUGAUCAGAACUAUCACUUGAAAAUGAAAGCGUCCAGGUUCAUCUUCAGCGAGAUAAGUCAGAAGUUCCCAAUUAUGCCAUUCACAGCAAGGGCUUUGGAAGAGAAGAGAGCUCGCUUUGGAUUGGUUGAAUGUGUCAAUCAUGACCUUUUACAGCCAUAUCCUGUUCUUCAUGAAAAACCUGGUACUAUUGUCGCUCAUAUUAAGUUCACUGUUCUGCUGAUGCCGAAUGGAUCAGACCGGGUCACAUCUCAUCCAGUACAGGAAUUGGAACCAACCAAAACCAUAGAUGACCCUGAAAUCAAAGCAUGGUUAGCUCUGGGGACGAAAACAAAGAAAAAAGGUGGUGGGAAGAAAAAGAAAGGGAAGAAAGACAAAGUUGAGGGUGCAGCAGAAGAGCCCAUGGAUGUCACAAACGGAGGUGCUCAAGAAUGAGAAGAUUUAAUGUCUGUUAUUGUCUUGGUCUCAAUUUUUGGCAAAUAGAUUGUGUAUCUUCUGGUGGUACUGUGUACUAGUUCUUCAAUGGUACAUGAAAAUGUUGAUACUAUGUAGUAUUACCAAGUGCUUAAAUCUGAAUGCUCUGUGGAAGUAACUUAACUAUGCCGUGUUUUCCAACCCAAAAUAGCCUGGUGCUUAAAUUAAAUUUUCUUUACGAAGUUCAA